ACGUUGUAAUUCAGUUGCGGCAUUGAUUUGUCAGGAGGACUCUAUAAGCUUGGUGUACUGUAUAUGUUUGUGACUACAUAGGGAAACAUUACAUUUUAUUUCCCCCCUGCAAUUUUACAGAAAUUUAAUUUAUCCUGUUGUAUCACCUAUCUGUCUUUCAAAAUGCUUACAACUCGCUCACCACUCUCUAAGAAGAACACCAAUGCAAUCACCACUCAAAUGGACAACAUUUCGCUGGUUGACAAAGAAAACACGCCUCCUAGCCUGAACACUACCCGGAUUCUGGCCUCAAGAACCGCGCGCAAAAUCUUUGCUGAUGAUUCUGAGGUUAAGCCCCAGGAUGUCAAGAAAUUCAACACAGAAGAGCCACUCCUGAAAGAAAAUCCACGCCGGUUCGUCAUUUUCCCCAUCAAGUACCAUGACAUCUGGCAGAUGUACAAGAAGGCAGAAGCUUCAUUCUGGACAGCUGAGGAGGUUGAUCUUUCCAAAGACACGCAACACUGGGAUUCUUUGAAGGACGAGGAGAGAUAUUUCAUCUCUCAUGUACUGGCUUUCUUUGCUGCUAGUGAUGGCAUUGUCAAUGAGAACCUGGUGGAGCGAUUUACACAAGAAGUCCAGGUGACUGAAGCAAGAUGCUUCUAUGGUUUCCAAAUCGCCAUGGAGAACAUCCACUCUGAGAUGUACAGCCUGCUCAUUGACACCUACAUCAAAGACCCUAAAGAGAGGGACUACCUCUUCAAUGCCAUUGAAACUCUCCCCUGUGUGAAGAGGAAGGCUGAUUGGGCCCUGAACUGGAUCGGUAACAAAAAUGCUGAAUUUGGUGAGCGUGUGGUUGCAUUUGCUGCUGUUGAGGGGAUCUUCUUCUCUGGGUCCUUUGCUGCCAUUUUCUGGCUGAAGAAGAGGGGACUCAUGCCUGGCCUGACCUUUUCAAAUGAGCUCAUCAGCAGAGAUGAGGGCCUCCACUGCGACUUUGCCUGCCUCAUGUUCAAGCACUUGGUGCACAAGCCCUCAAAGGAGACUGUCACCAAGCUCAUCAGGAACGCAGUAGAGAUUGAGCAGGAGUUCCUGACAAAAGCCCUUCCAGUAAAGCUGAUUGGUAUGAACUGCGACCUGAUGACCCAGUACAUAGAGUUUGUGGCUGACAGGCUGAUGCUGGAGCUGGGCUUUGACAAGAUCUACAGAGUGGAGAAUCCUUUUGACUUCAUGGAGAACAUCUCAUUGGAGGGCAAGACUAACUUCUUUGAGAAACGAGUAGGGGAGUACCAGAGAAUGGGUGUGAUGUCUGGCACCACAGACAACUCCUUCCGGCUGGAUGCUGACUUCUAAAGCUUUUACAGGCCCCAAAGAUGCCCUUGACAUUAGACUCUUUGAAACUGUAAAUACUUGAAAACGGACAUGGCCCAGACUAGAUGCUACUGGACUGACCACAGUACCAGAUCUCAACUGGCACCCUAUUCCCUAUGUAGUGCACUACUUUUGAGUUCUAUGUGGGCCCUGAUGAAAGUAGUCCACAAUAUAGACUAGGGUUCCAUUUAGGAUGUGUACUUGGGUUGUCUGGUCCAGACAACAAAUGUAUAUUACCAACUGACCCUAUUUGCAGUAGAUCUUUUCUUAUUUGUAUAGUAGUGUUGAAAUGAUCUGUUUUUAGUUUUUGUAAUUAAAUUUUUAAAAAUCCAAUGCAUCAUUAAACCCGGUUUUACUUUACACUCCAUCUUGGCACUAAAUUAAAAAUGUAUCUGACUAGAUAAUAGAAUGUUACUAAUAUGUAAGACAUGCUACAGGAUAACUCUAUAGGAAAUAUCUUGUAAUAUAAUCAGAUCACUUAUGUGAAUUGCACUGUAAAUUUGGGCAAGUCGAUGGGGCAUUGGGGAAAUGAUCUGAACAUGUCUAUGAAUUUAGACAAGAACCCACCUGUCACAUAACUAAGGUAGCCUAGUGGUUAGAGCUUUGGGCCAGUGCUGGAUUGAAUUCCUGAGCUGACAAGGUAAAACAUCUCAUUCUGACCCUGAGCAAAGCACUUAACCCACUGUUCCCCAGUAGGCAUCCAUUGUAAAUAAGAAUUUGUUCUACUUUGAUGUUGACCAUGUGAUUUUCAGCAUUUCAGUGCCAUCAAGUAGCCUGAUUUCAGAUGUGUCAUGUAAACGUGAUUAUUACAGAAAUCGUUCUUGCAAGGCAUGUGCAUUUAUAUCAAUCUGACUCCGCAAUAGUAGUGAUGGCUCCCGAGUGGUGCAGCGGUUUAUUAAGGCACUGCGUCUCAGUGCUAGAGUUGUCUACAGACCAUGGGUUUGAUUCCACACUGUAUCACAACUGGCUGUGAUUGGUAGUCCCAUGGCAGCGCACAGUUGGCCGUUGUAGGCAGUCAAACCUGAUAUAUAAUGAGGUUAGGAUGGGUUUACUCACAGAGCAGGGGAAGCUGAUGGCCUGAACUUGGGACUUUUCCAGAGAUGGCCAGUGGGGCCACCUUAUCCAGGUCCAGUCUGUGCUUAUAGUGUAGCAUAUGAGCACCGUUCCCUGACACCUAGAGAGUCCUCUGGCUUCCAUAGCCUCUUUGCGCCAACGUAAUCAGCAUGUUAUGUUGGUUACCAAGUAGCAAGCUGACACCUAAGAGGAGCAGUAGGAUGGCUAGUUUGCUUGCUAUGCAAAUGGAAGAAAGACCAACAUGGAGGGACUACCACAUUGCACAAUAAGAAACACUUGUUCACUAAUGAAUACACUAGGUAGCUACAGAAGAGCCUACUUUUAUCUACGUGGAGGUUAUUUCCAGAUCUGAUAUACAGUGAGCUCCAACUAUUAGGACAGACAUUGUAUUUUAAAAGUAUCGGGACAUUACUUUUUUAAAAAACCUUUAUUUAAUUAGGCAUUUCAGUUAAAUACAAUGAUGGCCAAACCUGGACAACACUGGGCCAAUUGUGUGCCACCCUAUGGGACUCCCAAUCAUGGCCAGAUGUGAAACAGCCUGGAUUCAAAUCAGGGCCUGUAGUGACGCCUCUUCCACUGAGAUGCAGUGCCUUGCGCCACUCGGGAGCUCUUACAUGUAUUAAAGUGGUCAAAAGCUUUGUAUUUGGUCCCAUAUUCCCAGAACACAAUUACAUCAAGUUUGUGACUUGGGUUAUUAUUGUGGAGUAACUGCAAUGUUAAUUCUCAAUUUUCUUCUAUUAAAGCCAUUUAACUCUUAA